AUGGCGUACCCCGACAUCGCGUCCCGAGGGGGCUGCUUCCCGCCUUUCAUCUCUGCGUCCCUUUUUCCAGCCGACGAAGGCUUCAUCAGCGGCCGUCUUUGCCAGAACUUGACAGAAACGCUAUCAUGUUGCUUGCCAUGCCCGCUUACAGACUGGGUGUACCCGGACUACUUCAACACCAUGACCACAGCAGCCAACUGGGUCUGCGUCGCCAGUGCGGCAUGCUGCCUAUUUCUCCUCCUUUCCUGGGCCGUUUUGCCCGUCGACAAGACGUACAGACACUACCUGAGCAUAUGUCUGACGAUUGCCGUCUUCAUCAUGAAUCUUGGCUUUGUUGUCCCCCUCGCCGCUGAGCCGGAGCAAUGUUACAACGACAUCACGCCCCACAGCAUGAAGUCGAGCAAGGUUUGCGGCGCGUCUGGUGCGUUCCUCCUGCUCGGAGGCUGGGCCGGAGUCAUGUGGGUAUUCCUGCGAUCAUUGUCUCUGCAUCUCCAGAUCUGCUGGCAAGUCGUCGUCGGCCGCAAUUUCAUGAUCUUUGCCCAAGCCGCCGGGUGGGGAAUUCCAAUCAUUGGCAUUGUCGUCGCCCUCGUCUUCAGCGGCGUGUCGUUUCGUUUCGGGGCAACCUGCCACAUCAACCACAAGAACAGUCUUGCCGACUUCUGGAUCCCGCUCCUUGUAUUCGCCGGCCUCACAGUCAUCAUCCAGUUCGCCACGUUCGGCUACUGUAUCAAGGUCUACCUUGCCUCGCUGGCAGACAACAGCGCAUCUACCGAAGGCUCGAGCCUGCCCCAGUACUCUCAGAGCAUCCGGACCAUGACCCCCCGCCAAGCCUACCGACGAGUACGACGCGUGAUCUCACUCCAGUGGAGAGGUAUUGCCAUCGUUCUCAUCAUCAUUGCCGACGUCAUCUUCUUCUCUGUCGUUUUCGUGUUUCAGGACAACACAGUCCAAGCAGUGCACGACGACAAGACCAUCGCCGCAGACUGGAUCACGUGUAUCACCCUCACCAAGGGUGACAGAAGCCAGUGUUACGACAAGGCCAAGAACAUGGUUGUCAACGAGGCGACCAUCACUGCGGUCUUGAUUCUACUUGCGAUGAACGGCAUCUGGCUGCUCUUCCUCCUGGGCCGAUGGGCCAUGGUCCUCGGUUGGAUUGAUCUUGCCACCUCCUUGGGAGGCAGGAACAAGAAAGAAUUCGUGUCGGUGGAUGCCCGAUACGACGUCAAGAAAGAUACCCGUGCGUACGAGAUGCUGUCGAGAGACUCGAGCGCUGUUGUAACACCAGUUUCCCCAGUCAAAUCCCCCGUUGUAAGUCCCAACAGCGGACGAAGAACGCCCGACUACUUUGGGCAAACAGCCCGCUACCAACCGCCGAUGCGGUCCUUCUCAAGUCCCCGGCCGCCGCAAACACCACCCACUUGGGAUGCGCGAGCGACGUACGCCCGGCCCGAGUCGCGAGCCCGGCCAGACGGGUUCGAAGACAUGAACCCACUUGGGAUGAACAGGAUAUAA